GAUUCAAUCAUGGCCGCUGCCGCCGCCGCCUCCUCCCGGCGCCGCCGCCGCCCCCGCGGCCACCCCAACCCUCUGUUCGCCCGCUGGCUGCGGGAGUGGCGGGACGAGGCGCAGGGAACGUGGGCGAGGGGCGCCUAUGACAGGGCCCUGCGCUCUCUGUCUCGGUUCCCCCUCCCUCUCCGUUCCGGCCGCUCCGCCGCCAUCUUGCAGCACUUUGGCCCCGCCCUCUGCGCGCGCCUGGACCGACGGCUGCGGCAGCACCGGCAGGAGCAGGGACUCCCCCCCACGCCCCCCCCGCAGGGGCGGUGCCCGGACCCUCCCCCAGCCCCGCCCACGCACCGCCCUCGCCGGCCCCUCCCCCGCUCCGGGAGCCACGCCCUGCUGCAGGUGCUGAGCCAGCACCCGGAGCCCCUCCCAGAGGCGGAGCUGCUGCAGGAGGCCACGCCCCUCUGCGGCCACGCCCUGAGCCCGGCAGCUCUGGGUCCCCUCCUGCGCCGGGGCCUCGUGCAGAGGAGUGGCCGCCCCCCCCGGUACACCCUGACCCCGAGGGGGCGGAGCCUCGCGCAGGCCCCGCCCCCUCCCCAGGUACAGCCACAGCGCCCCCUGGCGGAGCAGGAGGAGAACUGCGCCCCCUCCCCCCCGCCGUGCGACCCCCAGCAGGAGUUUGAGCUCAGACCCGGCGAGUUCGACAUCGUGCUGUGCGCCGACGUCACCGAGGCCAACGGCCCCUCCGGGGGGGUCCCGGCCCUGCUCCGUUCCCGGGGGGUCCCGGUGCUGCUGCGGCGCCUCCACGUCGGCGACUUCCUGUGGGUGGCGCGGGAGAAGGAGCCGCCCCCAGGCCACGCCCCCCGGGAGCUGGCGCUGGAUGUUGUGGUCGAGCGGAAAUCGGCGGCGGAUUUGGGGAACAGCAUCCGGGACGGGCGGUACCGGGAGCAGAAGUCCCGGCUCCGCCGCUCCGGGCUCCGCUCUCCCGUUUAUCUCCUGGAGGAUCCGGGGGGGGGGGCGGAGCCGCUGCCCCUCCCCCUGCCCAGCCUGCGCCAGGCGGCGGCCAACACCCAGGUGCAGGACGGGUUCUUCGUGGUGCACACCAGGGACCCCCAGGACUCGGCCGAGUAUUUGGGGGUGCUGGGGGAGCAGCUGAGGAGGAGAUUUGGGGGCCGCGUGCUCCGGGCGUGGGGGGGGGCGGUGACCGGCCGGGGACCCCCCGAGCCCCCCGGGACCCCCCUGAGGCUGCUGCCCCUCCCCAGGCUGCGGGAGGGGGGCGGCAAGAGCCAGGCUCAGACCGUGGGCUCCGUGUUCGCCCGGCAGCUGCUGCAGCUGGGGGGGCUCAGUGGGGGCAGGGCCGGGGCCGUGCUCAGCCGGUUCCCCACCCCCGCCAGCCUCAUGGCCGCCCUGAGCCCCUCCCAGGACCCCCAAAAAUGUCGGGGGGUGCUGAGCGCCCUUCGCUGCGGCCCCGCCCAGAGGAACCUGGGCCCCUCCCUCAGCGGGGCCCUCGUGCGGCUCUACGGGACCCGGGGGGCGCUGGGCUGAGGGGACACCCCUGUCACC